AUGUUGGAAGCACCGCUAAGCAGAAACUUCUCCCAUUGCACAUUUGUGUUACGAGGGUUUCCCUCGCUGCAGAAACACCGCCGGCUGUUGGCGCUGCCAUUUAGCGCCUCCUACCUGUUGGUGCUGCUCGGAAACUCGCUGCUGGUGUACGUCAUCUGCAGCGUGGAGAGACUGCACAGCCCCAUGUACCUCCUCAUUUGCACGCUCUGCUUUGUUGACAUCCUGGUUGUGACAACCAUCAUCCCCAACAUGCUCCUUGGCUUUCUGUUCGACUGGAAUGAGAUUUCAUUGGUGGGCUGCUUGACUCAAAUGUUCUUCAUUCAUUUCCUGUCCUCAGUGGAGUCAACCCUGUUGUUGGCAAUGGCACUGGACCGCUACUUCGCCAUCUGCCGGCCACUGCGCUACAAUGAAAUAAUUAACUCCUCCAUGCUGGUGAGGCUAGUGCUCUUCACGCUGGUGCGCAGCGUCUCUAUCAUGGCGACGCUCGUAGGUUUGGCAGGUUCUCUGCAGUUCUGUGGUUCCAACGUAAUCCAGCACUGCUACUGCGACCACAUGGCGCUGGUCAGCCUGGCGUGUGACAGCACAAGCCGGAGCAGUGCAGCUGGCCUUGCUGUCAUCAUCUGCUUUGUAGGAGCUGACAUACCAAUUAUUUUCUUUUCCUAUAUGAAGAUACUGAGCGUGGUCUUGCGAUCGGCAGCAGCCGGUGAAGACAGCAGGAAAGCUUUUCACACCUGCAGCACUCACCUCAUUGUUAUGAUGUGUUUUUACCUGGUGGGCAGCAUCACCUUCCUCUCUCACAACCUGAACAUCCCCAUACCAACAGAUAUCAACAAUUCCAUGGGACUCAUGUACAUCCUUUUCCCAGCAACAAUCAACCCUAUCAUCUACGGAGUACGAACCAAAGAAAUCCGUGACAGCUUUCUGAGAAUUUUCAAAAACAGAGCAAAGAAAAUAAUGACUGCGAAGGUUUCGUCUGCUGGAAAAGAAAAAUCAUGA